AUAAAUUUUGUUCUUCAAAUUUUCGUUCAUUUUCAUCGCAACAAUUCCCCUGCAUAAAUCAAAAAAAAAAAAAAUUAUAAACAUUUCCAAAAUCCACCAGGAUUCCGUGUGACUUGCGCAGUCGUCGAUAUUCUGACAUUUCACAACUGUGUGUCGUGUGUGAAUGUACGGCUUUUGUGAUUCACUAAAGACGCUUUUCCUGAAUUUUACAUUGGAAGUUUUUACAUUAAAAAACUUCUAUCACACGUCCUGAAUUGUUAUAAUAUGAGUAAUGCACCCAACCAAAAUGGAUCAGGUCUAGAGCAGCAGUUUGCUGGUCUGGACUUGCAGAGUCGCAGCUCGAACAGCAGCGGCCGUUACGUGCCCCCACACUUGCGUAAUAAACAAAGUCAACAACAGUCGCCAUCUACCGACAACUUCGAUAAGGAUCGUUACGACAAUAGAGAUCGUUUCGACAACAGGGACAGAGACAGAGAUCGCGGAGCGCCAGAUUCAAGAGAUAGAGGCGGCAGCCGAGGAAGCAACAGAGGCUUCGGCGGUGGCAGCGGCAGGGACAAUAGAGAUAGUAGAGAAAACAGAGAUAGUAGAGAUAGUAGGGACAGCAGAUCUGGAGAUUUCUCCAGUUUUAAUACAAGAAAUAGAAGAGAUUAUCAAAAUGGAGAAUCUUUUGAAAGGAAUGAAUGGGGUAGUAGCCGCAAUAACGACAGGGACCGGGACCGUAACGCCGACGUUCAACCACGCAACGAUCGCUGGCAGGAGCCGGAACGUCCUGCGAGGGGUAGCGAGAGCAGAGACGGUGGUAGCGGAGGACGAUGGAACGACAACGGAGGCGGCGGUGGUCGCUGGAGCGAAAACCGCCGCAACGUCUCGUCCGAAAACGAUUGGACUGUCCCUCUAUCCAGGGACGAACGUGUUGAGCAAGAGCUCUUCGGUACUGGGAACACCGGAAUCAACUUCAGCAAAUACGAAGAUAUACCGGUGGAGGCGACGGGAGACAAAGUGCCGCGUCACAUUACAUCUUUUGAGGAAGUACAGCUGACAGAAAUAAUUCGCAGCAACAUUACAAUGGCUCGUUACGAUUCCCCCACUCCGGUACAGAAGUACGCGAUACCGAUAAUCAUAUCGAAGAGAGACGUUAUGGCGUGUGCACAGACCGGAUCCGGCAAGACGGCCGCUUUCCUGGUACCCAUUUUGAAUCAGAUGUUCGAAAAUGGCCCGCCAAACAUACAACAAGGAAGAAGUAGACGCAAGCAGUUCCCUCUAGGAUUGGUCCUUGCACCGACGAGAGAAUUGGCUACGCAAAUUUAUGACGAAAGCAAGAAAUUUUCUUAUAGAUCAAGAGUUCGACCAUGUGUAGUUUAUGGAGGCGCACAUAUCGGUGACCAAAUGCGCGAACUGGACCGCGGCUGUCACCUCCUUGUCGCAACCCCUGGUCGUUUGCUCGAUAUGAUCGAAAGAGGACGCAUCGGACUGGAUUAUUGCCGUUACUUGGUGCUAGAUGAAGCUGACAGAAUGUUGGAUAUGGGAUUUGAAGUGCAAAUCAGACGUAUUGUCGAAAAAGAAACCAUGCCCAAAACUGGGGAGAGACAAACACUUAUGUUCUCAGCCACUUUCCCCUCACCUAUACAAAUGCUAGCCAGAGAUUUCUUGGACAAUUAUAUUUUCUUGGCUGUAGGAAGAGUUGGUAGUACUUCCGAAAAUAUUACACAAAAGGUGGUCUGGGUAGAAGAACACGACAAAAGAUCGUUCCUAUUGGAUUUACUCAACGUUGCAGAUUUACAACAACCUUCACCAGAAAGUUUGACACUGGUUUUUGUCGAAACCAAGAAAGGUGCCGACUCUUUGGAAGAAUUUUUACAUAUUGAAGGAUACCCAGUGACAUCCAUCCACGGAGACCGUAGUCAGAGAGAAAGAGAAGAUGCUCUGAGACAAUUUAGAUCAGGAAACACUCCAAUUUUAGUUGCAACUGCUGUAGCUGCCAGAGGAUUGGAUAUUCCACAUGUUAAACAUGUUAUUAAUUUCGAUUUACCAUCAGAUAUUGAAGAAUAUGUACACAGAAUUGGUCGUACGGGUCGUAUGGGUAACCUCGGUCUUGCGACAUCAUUUUUCAACGAUCGCAACAGAAACCUGGCUAGUGGUUUGCUAGACAUUUUGAUCGAAGCAAAACAGGAAUUCCCCAGUUGGCUUGAAGGCGUAGCAGCCGACGGAAGAGCUCCCAGUGCCAAUAGAAGAGGUGGCAAAGGAAGAUAUGGCAGUGGUGGAGGUAGUUUCGGUAGCAGAGAUUACCGUCAAACAUCUGGUGGCGGUAGCCAAAGAGGUCAAAGGUCUGGAGGUAGCGGAUAUGGAAAUAAUGGAUACGGUAAUGGAGGUAGCCAUUAUGGAGGCAUGGAUAGAGGAAGCAACUUUGGAGGAAAUUACAGCAACUCUACUAAUCGUGAUGACUGGUGGGAGAAAGAAUAAGUCACUUCAAUAAUUGAUUAGAAUAAAAUUACUUAACACGUACCUACUACCACCAAUUCGUACAUCUAGUAAUCCAAUAACUUUCAAUGUCCGUGUUUUUCUUCUACCCUUCCCGCACUCUCUCCGAUAAUAUUUAUUCUUUCCGAAGUUUUAUUUAUUAUCAGAAAUCAAUUUCCUUGACGCUUCUAGUAAUCCCAACAAACACACACACUACGUUUGCGUGAGUGAUAAUGUGUUUUUUUUUUAAUUUCAAACAACUUUAUGUCUCUUGUAUAGGAAACUUAAUGGAAAUAAUAGGGAAAGUAUCGUUAAGAGUACGUGUAUGUUUUUUUUUAUUUUUUACGAGAAGUUUGUGAUUCUAAGAAAAAUAGUUUUAGCAGAUAAGUUUGGUGUUUUCUUUUUAUGAAUCUCUAUAAAAUAUAUUUACAUUUCUCCUAACGAUAAUAAAAAAUAUGUAGAUGUUUCACCGAUUUAAAUAUGUUCCAAAUGAAUUGUCACGGUAAGUAAUUAAAAAAUCGUUCUGUAGCUAUUUAAUUUCUGAUAUUUUCACUUGUCGACAGUCUUUAUGGAAAAUAAACACUCGCCUUUAACACGUUGACGGACAGAACGUAUAUAGACGUCUAAUUUCCAUUGAUGUAAUGUGACACAACGUCUAUAGACGACAUUUUUAAAAUAACGAGUUGUGACAAAUAAUCGGUGUCAAAAAAUGUCACUAUACAUCUACGAUGCAUAUUAAAUGUGACACGAUGUCCAUGGUCUUCAUCCACAUGUUUACAAAAAAUGUUAAAAAACUCAUUGGUUCCAUAAACUAUAAGCUCUAAAAGAAUUUUCCUAUUCUACUUUGCAAAAUACACAUAGUGUCACAACACUUGCUUAUACAUUUGACUCACUGUCUGUCAACGUGUUAAAAGAUUAUUUUAGUAUUGAAAGUUUUUAUUAAAAUAAAAGACGUCAAGCAUAUGAUUUUAUUUGUUUGUGGUGUAAAUAUAAUAACAUUCAACAUGCUACUCUACUAAUAGACGGAGAGGCAGCGCUGAAAAAUCUCUUUGCAUUUACUAAAGCUAAAUUUUUCACAGUUGAUUACUGUGAUUGUGUAAAGAAACAAACUACGGUCGGUCAAGCGAAACGUAGAACAGGAGUUACUGAAAGGGUAUCAAAGUUGCUUCCCUACGAAGGUAAUUAAAUCCAUUUACUAAGGCUGAAAAUCAGUACACAUAUUCUAAAUUGAAUAUAAAUAAAAGUUAUUAUAGUCGGUCAGCUAUAUGACGGGACAGAGCCGGUCGGUCGGCCCCAAUGAAUAUACAGGGUUAUUUACUAUAUUUUGACCCCCCUCCAAACUGCUUUAUUUACAGAAUUAGAAAAAAAUGUAAAAUACAAAAGUUAUUCGAUUUUUUAAUUAUGAUUUUUUGACAUAUAUAUCGUACUAGUGACGUCAUCCAUCUGGGCGUGAUGACGUAAUCGACUAUUUUUUUUAAUGAGAAUAGCGGUCGUGUGCUAGCUCAUUUGAAAGAUUAUUCAAUUUUCUAUACAGUACUGUAAACAUUAGUAUCAUUAUUUAUACAGGAUGUCCAAAAAAUUUUUGAAUUAUUAAUUAAACAAUUAAUUUAAUAAAAAAAAAUUUUGGACACCCUAUAUAAUUAAUCAUGUUAAUGUUUAUAUUACUGAAUAGGGAAUUGAAUAACCUUUCAAAUGAGCAAGCACACGAACCCUAUUUCCAUUUAAAAAAAAUAGUCGAUUACGUCAUCACGCCCAAAUGGAUGAUGUCACUAGUACGAUAUAUAUGUCAAAAAAUCAUAAUUUAAAAAUCGAAUAACUUUUGUAUUUUACAUUUUUUUCUAAUUCUGUAAAUAAAGCAGUUCACAAGGGGAUCAAAAUAUAGUGAAAAACCCUGUACAUUCACUGGGGCCGACCGACCGGCUCUGUCUCGUCAUACAGCUGACCGACUAUAAUAACUUUUAUUUAUAUUUAAUUUAUAAUGUGUGUACUGAUUUUCAGCCUUUGUAAAUGGAUUUAAUUACCUUUGUAGGAAAGCAACUUUUAUACCCUCUCAGAAACCCCUGUUCUACGAUUCGCUUGACCGACCGCAGUAUGUUUCUCUACACAAUCACAGUAAUUAACUGAAAAAUCUAGCUUUAGUAAAUUCAAAGAGAUUUUUCAGCGCUGCCUCUUGGACUAUAACUUGUUCAACUGUUUUCACGAAAUAUUUUAUAGUCACUGCAGUUGCGAAACGAGGAGAUCUGAAAAAUUUGUGUAAUUUUUGUUUGAAUUACUUCAUUAUCAUCUUAGUAGAUAUUAGAAAUAUUGAUCCAUCCAUGCUAUGGCUCUACAGUCCAAUAAUUCGAGCCAUGGCCUCCUUCAGCAAACUUUUCCAUUCGUUAUGGUCAUUCUCCUCCACGAUCGACUGCCAAGGAGAUUUCCCGAGCCCUCAUCCGCAUCAUCAUCACAUCGCUUUCUCGGUCUUCCAAUAGACGUCUUCGUGUCUUCCCCUGCAUUCUUGCAUUCGACCAUUUUUUGGAAACUUGUUUUCUACCACCCUAAAUACAUGCUGGUCCAAUGAAGACGCUGUAGACGGACAUACUAAGAUAAAGGUGAUUCUUUAUAAAUAUUAUUUCAUAAUUGUAUCUGAUUCGUCACCUGCUAUUCUUAUAUAUUGUCUAGUAUUCGUUUCAGUAGCUUUAUUUAAAAGAUGUCGAUGCGGUUUACAGAUUUUUGAGUCAGUACCCAAGUUUCACAUCCAUAGCUCACAAAGCUAGUAUAUAUGGUGUACAGAAAGGGGUACAGUACGUCUCCUUGCGACACUUCAGCCUCAAUCAAUCCGACUUCAGAAAGGAUGUGUCCUAUCUGAACCCUGACUUUCCUAUUGGCUAGAUACGACGAGAGAAUACUUCAUUGCCUUGCUAUAUCUAAGUUGACUCAUUUUGUGAAUAAGCCCUUCGUGCCACCCUUUAUCAAAUGUCUUACUGACGUCUAGGAAUACAGAGUAUUUACUUCAUUCUACAGUGUAUUUAUUCUGGUUGAAUCGUUCUUGGAUGUAUUUGGUCAACCUUAGCACUUGUAGCUCGCUGAAUUGUGCUUCUGGUAUCGUACCUAUUGUUUCAGAGUCUUCUUUUAUCUACCUAGCUACUAUUAUCAUUUUUGCAACCUUGCUUAUUGAUAAUAGUAUCACAGCAUAAUAAACUAGACCAGCAAGGACACUCUCCUAUGCCGCCUUUGAAGUUGAAAAGUACAGAGUCGCCAUUUUUCGCGUAGUACAAUUCAGGAUUCAGUGGUGAUGUGAUGUGUUCGUUCAUCAGUGUUGCCGAUGUCACUAUAUGAAAUUAUAUUAAGCCACUGCUAAAAUGAUCAGAUUUUGCCAAAAAUUAUGUUAAAAUUUUUGAUGUCGGUAGUUUCUAAGGGUUAUAAAAAUAUAUUAAGAAAAAAGUUAUUUUAUUCAACUUAACUUGUUAAUUCAAUAAUACUUGUAACAAAAUUGUAUGUAAUAUCAUAUAUUAUACUAUAAUAAAACUACAUCUGGAACGCUUUCAAAUAAAAUUUCCUCAUCCUCAUCUUGUGAAAAUAAAGACUUUAUGUGAUUAAAAUAAUUUAACAUUUUUUGUCUUUUUGAAAGGAGUAUUUAAUUUAAUAUUUGCUCAUAGAUCGCAUUUAAACGUCGCGUCGACAGACAACGAUAUCUAAGAAAACGUGAUUUUUUUUAUUUCUGCAUUGCUGCAAUUAUUGACAUAAUUCCCACAGGCAUACGUAUAAAAUUAUGUUAGAAAAUAUUUAUUAUUAGAAUGUCAUAAAAGGUAAGUAAAAUGAUAAUUAUGUACAAAUCGGCAACACUGUCGAUUUUUUACACUGUCUGGUACUACGCAUAAAAUGGCCGACGAUCUGCGCAGUAAUAGUGCGCAAACUUUUCCCGCCUUGUUCUAUUUUUUCCUGCUGUCCGAAGCAUUAUCGCCUGUGCUUCUUUCCAUUUCUUAGGAAAUCUUCUUAGUCUGAGCAUCGCAGUUAUGGUUUAAAUUUUAAAUGAUGUAUAAAUGUAGACGAUUGCUUUCUUGGGCAAUUUUUGCAGUGUCCUGUUCGUUACCCCAUAAGAUCUUAGUGCUUUUUUUAAAGCGUUUCGAUGUUUUCCCUUAUAUGAAGGUGUUACUAACUACCAAGUUGAAGUCACAAUGUCAAAAACAAAAAAAUAUAAAAAUAGGGUAAGUGCGGUUAUGAUUUUAUAGCGAACAUCAAAAACCACAAAUUAGGUUAGAAAAAAUUAAAGAAAUAAAGUAAAAAUAAAAUAAAGUUUUCUUGACUUUAAUUUUAAUAAUAACUUCGGAAUGAAAUAUAGGAAUUUCAAUAAAAAUUGAUUUUUUAAUUAAUGUUUUCUCCUUAAAACCGUUGACAAUAACAAAAAUAUUAUUGCCCAAGUGGCGUAAUCCAAAUCUCGAGUAAUUAAGGGGUGUAAACGCCUUUCUUUAUAUGUGUGUGUAUAUUCAAUAUUGUAGAUCAGUGUAUUUUUCUUCCUCAUCCAUUUCAAAAUGUACUACUACUGCUAAAAUUAUUACCGACUCUUCACGGUUGUCUUUGUCACAAAAAGUUCUCGUCUUUUAAAACAUUAGAAGUAUGUAUCAAAAAUGUAAUAUAAAUAACUCUUUAAAUAAUUGUCAACAACCGACAGAAAGGGUCUGGUCGACAGUUUUUAGUUCAUACAUAUAAAAAAUAAUUUAAAAAAAAUACAAAACUGAAAAUUUACAAAAUAUAUUUUUAUGAUUACGAUAUUUGAAAGAAUAUGUUGGGAUCAAUUCUUACGUAGUCUGUAAAUAAAAUGCUUUUUAGUGUUAAGAAAAUUGUCAGCGAUGCCCUUUCUAUCGUGUGACUUUUUAAGCAAGUUUCGUAAACAAGGUUUAUUCACAUUAUGUCGUUUUAUACAUAUGUAUACACAUACGUGUACAUAUGUGUUUAGCUACACAAUGAAAACUAUCGAAAAGUGUUUAUUUCUUAAUAAAAAUAUCUGUUAUAUUCAAAUGAUUAUAAGUUUGUCAGUCAAUUAUGUCAACACCUUGCUAGCUGAACGCGCAGACACUUUAAGUGCAGUUUUUUAAUGUACAGUUGUCAUAGUUUAUACUUUUUAUAUACUAAUAGAAACAAACAAAGAUAAACAUUUCGGCAUUUGAUGAAGCAAUGGUAAACGGAUGGAUCUGUUUAUUUGCCGAAUGUAAUCUGCAUACUGAAUUUUAGUCGGCUUCACUUUGGAAUUGGUGUUUUGAGCAUCAACACACACUGUUAAUGUUGGCUUCACGAGGAGGUGAUAUCAUAUUUGAUGUUUUAUCAGCACUGCGAUAUCAUAACUGCGAUCAAUAUUAACACAAGCGCCCAAAACAUUUACCAAAUGCAAAAUAUACUACAAAACCCUGAUAAAACCGGUCCUUAUAUAUGGAUCAGAGACAUGGACACUGUCGAAAAGCGAUGAGAACCUAUUGACGUAUGGCGCAGAAGAUAUACUUUUGAACAACGAACCCGACGUCAUAACAUCCAUAAAGAUCGGACGUCUGCGCUGGAUGGGCCAUGUUGAACAGAUGUUGAGGACUGAAACACCAAAACAUAUAAUGAGGCAGACACCAGUAGGGAGAAGGUCAAAGGGAAGACCCAAACUUAGAUACAUGGAACAAGAUCUGAAAACACUUAAGAUUACCAACUGGAAAAACAAAGCAAGGAACGGAAAAGAAUGACGGAAAAUCCUAGAACAAGCCAGGACCCAGAAAGGAUUGUCGAGCUACUGAUGAUGAUCGUGACCCAAAACAUUUUCACAUCUGUACAAAAAAUACCUUAAGACAUAACACUCUUCAUCACAUAUUGGAAAAACCAAAAAGGGAAAUACCUCAUGAUAGAAGACAUCAGCAGUUUCACCUGUGACUUGCACUAUAAUAUGAAAAAUCCAAACGUCAAAAAAAUUUAGAGCAUCAAUACGGUCGUCUCCCAGACUAUAAUACAUAGUCAUUCUUCUUCUUCUACGGCACUACAGCCCAAAUUGAGCCUUGGCCUCCUUUAUUUUUUGCCUCCACCCUUGCCUGUCUGUGGCUGCUCUUCUCCACACACGGACUCCUAAAAGGGCUUGUGCGUCGCUAUUUACUCUGUCUUCCCAGCGCUUUCGUGUCUUCCCAACGGGUCUCUUUCCUUGCAUUCUAGCAUUCAGUGCUCGUUUUGGUAGCCUAUCCUCUCCCAUUCUUGUCACAUGUCCGGCCCAUUGCAAUCUUUGUACAAUACAUAGUCAUACAAGUAUAAAAUUUGCGAGAUAAGAAAAUAUAGUAAUAAUAUCGUUAUUUUAUUUAAAAUUAACUAUUCUAAUUGAGAAAUAAGCCACAAUUUAACUUGAAAAAAUAAUUUUAUUAACGUUUCAACUUCCUCUUCGGACGUCGUUGUCAAAAUUCAAAAUAUUAAAACCUAACAAAAAUGAUAUUAAUUACAUUAAUUCGGCAAGAAUAUACCACAAAAGACUGACUAUUACCAUAAUUUAAGACCAGGAAAUAUGACAACUUCUUUAGGUACCGUCUCCUGUAAGGUAGUGUUCAAGUAUUAAGUAACACGAUUUUUGAAGAUUUUUAACCCCUCCCCCCCCCCUACGUAACGCACUCUUAUGGGAGUUUAACUAAUGCGUAACGCAAUUUUUGAAGAUUUUUAAUCGUCCCCCUCCACCUGCGAUACGUAAUACUUGAACGGUCCCUAAGGAGGUUGGCAAUCAUCGCCGCUAUUUUUACUUUUGAGAUUGCAGCUCUAAACAAGUCGAUGGAACUGCAAUUAUACCACUUUCUCAGAUUGUUGAGCCAGGAGAUGCGUCUUCCAAUACUUCGUUUUCCCUGUAUUUUUCCCUGCAUUAUGGUUUGUAGCAACACAUAUUUAUCCCCUCUCAUAGCGUGGCCGAGAUAUUGUAACUUUCUUAUCUUAAUCUUAUUCAUGAUUUCCUUUUUCAUCUUUCUGAGGACCUCAACAUUUGUUAUUCUGUCUACCCAACUUAUUUUUAAUAUUCUUCGGUAGAUCCACAUCUCCAGUGACAACUGCCCAAGCCAAAAAAAGACCGGGAAACCCUAAAUUAUAAAAAGGCGCUUGUGAGCACGUAAUUCUUUCAAGAAUGGCGGCAGUUGAAACUCGACUGUUGUUUUUAUUUUUAUGAAAAGUGAUAUUAACAUUUCCUUUGUAUUAAAUUAUAUUGCCUUAAUGUAAAGGGGCAAGGUAGCAAAAUGUAUUGAAUUUUAAUUUUGACACAAAAAGCAUACACUCGGUACUCAAACUAUACAAAAAUCAAGAUUGUUACAAAUCAAAAAGGUAUGUUUCCCAGCUGGUUACAACAGUAAAUAAAAAAGUAAAGAUGCGAAUUGACUGUAUAGAGAAACCAUGAAAUUAAGGAAAAUCAAGCAGGAGCGUUAUUAAAUACCUUAAAUAUUUGUGCAAAAUAUUUUGAUUCACAUGUAGUUGAUCACAGCAUUAAAAACUCUCGAAAGUUACCAACUGGAUCGAUGUGUCAGAUUUAUUGACUGAUUAUUUUAGUUUUUUAUCUAUAUGCCGUCCCACCUUAACUUUACAGUUAAUAGGGAACAUACGCAAUGCAGUCCUUAUGAGAGUUUUUAGAGCGGUGAUGCCGAUUUUAUCAAAAACAAUUUGUAAUCGAACAUUAUAGGUUUGGAUCCCGCGUAUGAAAAAAAAGUUGAUUAAUAGCAGGCUGAAAAUUUGUUAAUAGCUUAAGGGUGUCUAUUCGGAUAAACUUUGAUAUAUGGGAACACUGGAACAGGGGCAGUUUUAAUUGUGGAACAGGUUAAAAAUUUGGAACGGUCAGACCACGAAAACGGCUCAUUUAUUUUGUCCGAAAGAAUAGACUUAAACUCUCCGAACAGAGAUUAAACUCUCAUGCAAAAAUCAGACUGCUAUUUAUCACCUGUCAUAAUUCCUGUCAUUUGACAUAUUCUACAUGUUCCACUCAUUAAAACGCCCAUUUGGUGAUCAAUAGCAGUCUGAUUUUUGCAUGAGAGUUUAAUCUCUGUUCAGAGAGUUUAAGUCUGUUCUGUCGGACAAAAUACAUGUGCCGUUUUCGUGGUCUGACCGUUCCAAAUUUUUAACCUGUUCCACAAUUAAAACUUCCCCUGUUCCAGUGUUCCCAUAUAUCAAAGUUUGUCCGACUAGACACCCUUAAGCUAUUAACAAAUUUUCAGCUUGCUAUUAAUCAACUUUUUUUUCAUACGCGGGAUCCAGACCUAUUAGAGAGAUUAAAUUAGAACUGUUUUAUAAAAACAAUCUGCAAUUUUAGGAUUCGUAUGCGUUUAAGUUUAUUUGAUAUACUAUAGUUAUUACUCAUAUUAAUCCUAAAAUUGUAGAUUGCCUUUCUAAAACAGUUUUAAUUCAAUCUCUCUAAUGUUCGAUUACAAAUUCGUUUUGAUAAAAUCGGCAUCACCGCGGUAAAAACUCUCAUAACAACUGCAUUGCCUAUGUUCGCUAUACUGUAAAGUCAAGGUGGGACUGACUAAAGUUAUUUGCAAAAUGCACCAGAAAAAAAUAUUUUAAAUUCUCGCUUCAAGACCUCUCAGCGACAGACUGUGUAGUUGGUAACAUAUUCAAUAAGUGAAUAUUCAAUAAUAUUAAAAAAUCAUCAAGAGGAUUACUGCUGCCUGCAUAAGAAAGUUUAAAAUCUUUGAAAUGCCAACACCCAGCUAAAAAUACAGUAUGAUUUUUGAAAAUAUGAGGAGUGAAAAUUUUAUGUGGACUGUGCACGAGAUUUGGCUCAAUUUUUACAUAAAAUGCUCAGAAGCUUUUAUAACACUUUAUUCCGCCUACAAACCUUUUCAUUUUAUUCCUUUGUAGUUUACUUAUAACUUAACUUUGUCCCCAUUUUAACCUUUAUUUUAGAAACAUAUUUUUUGUAAUUUUUGAUCUUUUGCAACGACUCGGAAAUUUGUCUCAAUCAGAGUGGUCUUUAAAAUAUCAAUCGGAUAGCCCAAUGGAUUUGCGGCUACGUUCAACAAAAUUGCGUUGAAAAUACAUAUCGGACUACCAUCCACUAUGUAUUUUCCAAGGUUUGACAAGAUAUAAUUUAGUUUUGUAAUUAAUUCGAUAUGUUGAACUCCUGAUCUUGUUUCGAUUUGUUUUUGUUGUAGGUCUCCUAAUUUUGGCCUUAUUUGUUACACUCUUAUAUCUGGUAGGAGACACGAAUUUCACUGAGAUAUUUCAAUAUAAUGAAAAAACCUUGUUUAUGACAUUUGUCAAUUGUAAACAGUCUUCAGACAUGUCGAAAAUUUGCGAGUAGAGGGCUCAAAUGGCGUUGCAGUUACAGCUAUUAGGGCGCUAAGAAUUAUAUACGUUUGACUGUGAUAUUUACCGAUCUAAGUAAAUCGAUAAUUUUCGAUUAUAUAGUUCGAAGCUGUAACGGAUAAAAGAGAAAUAUGAGAGACGUAGAUAAAAGUACAGUCACGUGACACUAACGCAUACGCUUAUGCGACGAAUAUAUCUUAGCGUAUUUUAUUUAUACUUAAAAAAAGAGAGUUAAGUUUUUUUUAUAUAAAAAAACAAAAUAGUUUGUAAGGACGAUAAUUUAAAUGUUAGAGUGGGCACGGUCUUCCUCUAGGGAGCUACUACUACCUUUACAUGGUUUUUAUACUGCGCAUGCUCUUCUUUUUAUACACAACGUAAGUUAAUUUUUAUAACCUAAUACAUAGGUUUUAUAUUUUUAUAAAUUUAAAAUCCAUUGCUAGAUGCAAAACAUGCUAUCUACAGUUAUUGACAAAAUUAAAUAUUUUUGCUGCAAAUAUCACUCUAUUAUAUUUUUGAGGCAACGUUUUUAUAAGCAAGCAAUUGCUAAUUAUAAUAUAAAAUAAAAAUUGCCAGCUAGAAAGAGUUCUUCUAUUCUAGAUUAUUUUUUCUGGCGGAAGAAUGCUUUGCUCUUUCUGAUUUUUUGCAUCACAUUAAUAUGUCCGAAGUGGAUAAUCGAUCUGGUAAACUGAUUAAUUAUCUUCCAUUUCUUGUGCUCUGAUGUUUCACAAUUCGUUAUUUUGAUAUUUUUUGUAACUUUUUCUUUUGAUGUGACUCUAUUGUACUAAUUGUAACCAUUUUCUUGUUGUCCUUUUGACAUUUACCAAACAUCACUUAGCUGUUUCUUUAUAUAGUUCAUUUGUUCUAAUGUAUUGGCCCACAAUAUUUUUUACUUCUAGUACCAUUUCUCAUUAUCGAAUCUGCUAACUUCCUAGUCCUAGGGAUAUAAAUAUGUAACAAUAAGCUUCUUUUUGAUUCCGGUACUUACUUUCCGUGCCCGGAAUACCAACAACUUUAAAUUCUGUACUUCCAAUGGAUGGCCACGUAGAUGGCCCUAUCAUUUGCUAAAAUUAAAUCUUCUUACUGUGCAGGUGUCUCUCUCAUCGCUGUGCGUGAUAGUAGAUAGUAGAGACUACUCUGAACAGCGCCACAGUCACUGGUAUCAUCUUUCUGGUAUCCCCAUUCUUUCAGGUUUCUAGUAUCCCCAUUCUUUCAGGUUACUAGCACAAUGUGAAACGCCGAUUCUUAGUAUGUGUACGCUUUUCAUGUUGUAUAUAUGGCAAAUUGUGUCCAGCAGCGAUUACCUUUCAUCCCUUCUGGGAUGAAAGGUGGUUAAGUCUAUGAACGCUACUCAUGUUAUUUCUUUUUGUUCAUAAAGGGAUUAUGAGUUUAGUAGCACUUUCCAGAUCUGGAUUUGAUUCCGGUGAGGGACAAUUUUUCUGAUACUUGGUCGUUAGACAUUUGCACCAAAUAUUUCCUUUCAUCGUCAUCAUCAGUGGCGUCAAAGCUCUUUAUGAGCCAAAGUCUUCUCCAGAACAAUCCAUUCAUGUAAUCAUGUGUCAUGUGCCCUUGAUGAAAGCCGACAAUUUUCUUAUAGUGAAUUUAAGAAUUUUUUCUGGGGAAUAUUCGCCCCAUGUCAUUAAGCAUUUCUCAUACAAAACAUGUAUAUUGCUUUCUUCCUCCAUCUUGCAUUUUUAUUUCCUUGAGACUCUUUUACUUCCGAAAUAAUUUAAAACUUAGCUAUAUAUUAGAGAUGAUAUUGCAACAAAAUAUUUCAUUCCUAAGCACUUCCUGUAGCAAACAUAUCAACGCAUGUUUUAGAAAGCUUUAUCAUCGCAUUGGCCACUUGCCAUAGUCACAUCUGAUCAAAUUUUAACAAAAAAAAAGGUUUUGUUAAGUUUCGUUAGGUUUCUUUGCGGAUCUGAUUCCAAAAACAUUGGUUUGGGGACAAUAUUUAGAAUGUAUUUGAUGCGCAUAUUGAAUCCCAUUAUCAGAAAAAAUUGUAACUGCCUACCUAUAACUUCUAACCUACCUAUAUUUAAUCUAAAACAGUGGUUUUCAAUGUUUUUGGGUCAUGUACCACAAAAUUCUUUUAAAAUUAUUCUUGGUACCACCUAACUGAACUACAAAUAUGCUGGAUUUUGGCUGUGUUUUGUGUACCACUCCAAAUAAUGAUAUUAUGUACCACCAGUGGUACAUGUACCACAGAUUGAGAACCCCUGAUCUAAAACAUAACAAUAGCUCAAUGUUUUAAUCUUUGAUCUAGAAAUUGAAGGAAUUUGGAGUCUGCAUUUUCAUGUUUGGAGUAUAUUAUGAGAUUAUCGUUCACUUGUCCCAUAACAGCAAACGACACAAUUUCAAUCUGUCAGCAAUGCUACACAGCGAACGCUGAACAAGUAAAUGCGCAUGCGAAUCUGCUCCUCGAUCAAAUCUAUAUGGUUCUUCGAUGUGAUCAUACGUAAUAUAGAAUUCAAUGUUAGGUUUUGAACAAGUUCUUUCUUUUGUGUCUCGACAGUACUGGGUCUAAUAUCAGGAAAUUAAACUUUAUAAUACAGGGUUACUCAUUUUUGUAAACAGCUACGAUCAAUGUAGGUUUUUGAUAUUCGACUGAGUACAGUCCGUUUCUAACUACACUCUUCCCAGGUGUUUUUCCCGAAUGCGCGAUUUUACUACGGGCAUUUUUGUAUAUUUCUUUUUUUGUAUUAUUUUUACUUUCUAGUUUUUUAUUUAUUUAUUGGAGUGAUAGAUUCAUAUGAUUGAAUAGAGUAACAAUUGAGUGAAUGUAUACAUGAAAUAAGUAAGUGUAAGUGUAUGGUAUACCAAAUAUGUCACGUCAUACGUUAAGAACAUUUAGAUUUCCUUCAUGUCAUCUACCUGUGUCAGCAAUAGAUCAGGUUGGCAACUGGUUUGCUACUAAAUUUAACCAAGUUACUCGAUUCAUUCAUAAAUUACCUGUGAUACGGUUAGAAAAAAUGUGUGCCUAUUCUAACUGGAUGUGAGCAUAAUCACAUUCUUGAACAUUUAAAAGUUAUUUGAUAUAACGUAACGAGGAGCUGUGACUGCAACUUAUUGAUAUACUGUUACCUGGAGGUUGUUAUGAUACAAACUUAUCCAGCUAAGGGUAUUUUUUAUUGAAGUUUGUCUCAUUUCUUCAGGUUGGUUUCGUUGAUACAAUGUGGAAAUAUAUGAUUUUAAGGGAUGGCAAAAUGCUCCAUUAUCCUUUAUAAAAUUGAUAGAGCAUUAUAAUUUUAAUGCAUUUACACAAUUUGUUCUGUUAGAAAUGCUGUUACAGCAUUUAUCAAUUAAUAAAAUAUUUAAAGUUC